AUGCUGUUCAUCUUCAGCUGCCAGCUUUGCAUUGCUAUUGCUCUGUUGAUCUUCAUCUCAAACGGUACUUCAAAAAAGGAAACACGCGUUGAUGUCGACGCAUAUAACAUUGACCAAAACGAUUUCUCACAAGAAUUGAGGCUUGGACCCAUCGAUGCUGUUUACACCUGGGUCAAUGGGUCAGAUCCUAUAUGGAAGAGCGAUAGGGACUUUUGGUAUCAGCGCUCGAUCCAGGAAUAUGAUACACCUGCCCGAAAUAUCCAGAAAAGUCAGAACAACGGCUCUAAUGAUGAGGACGGUGCUUCCGCCGACAAUCAUUUUCGAGACAACGACGAGCUCCGAUAUUCAAUUCGCUCCCUCGAUAAAUAUGCACCGUGGAUCCGCCAUAUAUACGUCGUGACGAAUGGCCAGGUUCCUUCUUGGUUAGAUCCAGACAAUCCCCGUAUCACAAUUGUCAAGCACUCGGAAAUUUUCCAAAAUUCCUUACACUUGCCGGUCUUCUCUUCCUCUGCUAUCGAGAGCAAUCUGGACAGAAUUCCAGGUCUCAGUGAUACCUUCCUCUACUUCAAUGACGAUGUUUUCCUUGCUGCGCCUGUGUGGCCACAUGAUUUUAUCACACCAUCUGGGGUGCAAACCAUCCACCUCUCCCACCCAGUUCCAUUGGGUUAUGAUGCAUAUCCAGAGUAUCGGUUUGGAGCUAACAACUCUGCUCCGGAUAAGCCCCACGAGUUUGACGACUACGGCUUCGUGGAUGACGGGCAGGGCGGAGUAAAAAUUGAGCAGCUAGUUGGGAAAGUACAUGCCUCAUCGGCAUGCGAUGUGGAAGGAGCAGAGAUCCCGCAGUCUUUACUUGACGCAGUUUUGGGGAGUAAUGUCCCUCUAGGACACGGCCACAUUAAUCUUACCUUACACUCAACCCACCAAAAUUGCACCUCAGAGGACGUUGAGGCAUCAAACACGACAGAGAGCAUGCCAGGGCUGGACACCCAUAGCCGAAUAAAACUUGCUGCGCUGCUAGAUGCAUUCUCGCAGUGCCCAAAUGCCGAUGAUUUGGUUGCUAAUGCAAUCAGAUCUGUGAUAAAGGCAUUCAACGGACGAUUCCCUUUCUCAAAACACCUCCGGAGGGUCCCGUCUCACAUGCCUCAUAUGAUGAACAAGCAAAUACUUACCGAGCUCAAAAGUCUAUUUCCACAAGAGUUCCAGCUAAACUCAGCACACCGAUUUCGGCACCCACGGGACCUACAGGUUGGCUUUGCCUAUUUCAACUAUCUAGUCAAUCGCCACGACUUUUUGUCUUCUACCCUGUGCGGGUUGCGGGAUCAAGACAUUGACAUCAAUAGCAAUUGUAGGGUUGAAGAAGAUAAUAUCCGAACUUUCGAAAGCCUUCUGUGCGGAACAAGCCCACCGGCAGGCUUUCAUGACUCCGUUCAAAGGUGCCUUCACAAUGACUCUGAGUUCACAAACAACCUAGAAUUCCCGACGAAAACGGGAAAUACGACAGGCUUUUCUAUCAAGGACGUUGAGCGUUGCAUCGAUAUGCCAGGAUUGCGAUCGCGUUUGCAGAAGAAGGGAUAUAGACUGAAGAUGGGAACCGAUGUGACCUUUCACGAGUUGGGAGACGACUACCAGACCACUAUGGACCAACUACAAUCGACAAGAGACCGACCAACAAAAUUUAUUUGUCUCAAUGACGACAUGAAGAGCCCAUCAACUGAAACGUGA